AUGGACUGUGCAAGCCCAAGAUAGUGUGGAGAUCAAGAGCUGGAAGCCUAAGAUAGUGUGGAGAGAGUAACUGAGUAAGACAUGGACCACUCUUACUGCCGGUUGGUGCUUGUAUGUUCAGUUCUUGCGUUGUGCCUCGGUAACCAGGGUGCGAGGUCUCAGCUAACAGUCGAUUUCUACUACAACACGUGCCCUCAGUUGUACGCCAUUGUCCAGCAGCAUGUGUUCUCUGCCAUGAUGGUUGAGACGAGGAUGGGCGCCUCCCUCCUCAGGCUCCAUUUCCAUGACUGCUUUGUCAAUGGGUGUGACGGUUCAAUUCUCCUGGACGGUGACACUGGCGAGAAAUUUGCGCUUCCGAACCUGAACUCAGUCAGAGGGUUCGAGGUCAUCGACGCGAUAAAGGCGGACCUCGAGACCUUCUGCCCUGAGGUGGUUUCCUGCGCUGACAUUGUAGCCCUUGCAGCCAGCUACGGAGUGCUCUUUAGUGGAGGGCCUUACUAUGAUGUUCUUCUGGGGAGAAGGGACGGACUGGUGGCAAAUCAGUCCGGAGCUAACAACAGCUUGCCUUCGCCGUUCGAGCCGAUCGACUCGAUCAUUCAGAAGUUCAAUGCCGUAGGCCUGAACACGACUGAUGUGGUGGUCUUAUCAGGAGCCCACACGAUCGGCCAAGCCCGGUGUGCGCUGUUCAGUAAGCGCCUGUCCAACUUCUCGGCCACAAGUUCAGUCGACCCAACGCUGGACGCCACCCUUGCUGCCAGCCUCCAGAGCCUCUGCGCUGGCGGCGACGGCAAUCAGACAACCGCGCUGGACGCCAGGUCCGCCGACUAUUUCGACAACCACUACUACCAGAACCUCCUGGUCGAGAGGGGCCUCCUGUCCUCCGACCAGGGCCUCUUCUCCAGCCCCGACGGCGUCGCCAGCACCAAGGCGCUGGUGCAGACCUACAGCGACGACGGCGAGCAGUUCUUCUACGAUUUCGUCUGGUCCAUGCUCAAGAUGGGCAACAUCAGCCCGCCCCCCGGAUCGGCCGGGCAGAUUCGCAAAAACUGCAGGGUUGUCAACUGAGGAGUGAUGAUCGACUGGAUAUCAAAAUUUCAGUCCUUUAUCUAAAAAAAAAUUCAAAAUUUCAGUCAUGCAUGUGUUUGUGGGGUCUAUUUCUUGCACUUGUUUGUCUAAAGGCACGUAUUUGUAUGCUAGGUUUGUGCGUGUAAUAUGAAGCUCUUACAUGGUUUUAUGUUUUAAGAAGAUUCGCAGUAAUAAUAAUUCUCUAGUAAUGGUUUCUAGUUUA